GCCUGUAUAGAUGAUAACCUAGAUAUGGUUGAAUUUUUGGUUGAACAUGGAGCUGAUGUGAAUAGAGGUGAUAAAGAAGGAUGGACACCAUUGCAUGCAACAACAUCUUGUGGAUUUGUUAGCAUUGCAAAAUAUUUAUUAGAACAUGGAGCAGAUGUCUCAGCAAUUAACUGUGACCAAGAACUGGCUAUUGACAUCGCAGAAUCUGAUGAAAUGAGGAAACUUUUAGAACAACAUUUAAGAGAUAUGGGCAUUGACUGUGAUGAAGCAAGGAACAAAGAAGAGAGACUGAUGCUUAGAGAUGCUCGAGAAUGGCUUAAUACUGGCAAAUUUAAGGAUUCUCCUCAUGCUACUACUGGCGCAAUGGCAAUUCAUGUAUCUGCUGCCAAAGGAUACAUUAAAGUCUUAGAGCUCCUUAUUCAAGCUGGCGCAGAAGUCGAUUGUCAAGAUUACGAUGGUUGGACACCAUUACACGCAGCAGCAUAUUGGGGUCAAAAAGARGCUUGUGAAAUAUUAGUUGAACAUUUCUGUAAUAUGAAAAAGAAAAAUUUUGUGGGUCAAACAGCAUUUGAUGUUUCUGAUGAAGAAAUGAAAGAUUUACUAGAUGAAUUAAAAAAGAAACAAGCUUCUCAAAAUAAAGAUGCAUCAGCCUGCAAACAAUCGUCUAUGAUGUUCCAAAAAAAAAUCAUCAACAUCCGGCUCCUAGUGAUAAUUAAAGUCAUAACAAGUCAACGUUUCCAAUGUUCGAUUAAAACAAAUAUUUGA